GAAUCUAGUUACCAAGUUGCGUCCAAAACCAUGACCACCUUAAUUUCAUCUUCAUCUUCUUCUUUCAUCCUUCAACCCCUUAAACCCUCAAAACCCUCCAUACUCUCCAACUCAGACUUCCUAACUUUGACCAUUAUGUCAACUUCUCAACCAAAAAGACCCACCAAAAAUGCUCAAAAACCCACUUCCAGCUCUCGCAAAAGGUCCUCAUAUGGCACCUCAAGAAGGUCCAUUCUCAAGAAAACCUUUUCUCAAGAGCAAGUCACGUUCUCUGCUCCGGUCUCUGGUGACCCCCACGUUGGGAUUAUCGGUGGAGGCAUGGCGGGUCUCGCUUGUGCUUUGAGUUUGGACCAGAAAGGUGUCAAGUCCACUGUUUUUGAUACGGGGAUUCAUGGUUUGGGAGGAAGAAUGGGAACAAGAAUAAUUGAUCCUCAACCACUGAUAUUUGAUCAUGCUGCUCAGUUCUUUACUGUGAGUGAUUCUCGGUUUGGUCAGUUGGUUGAUGGUUGGUUGGAGAGAGGUCUGGUGCGGCGGUGGGAAGGUAUGAUUGGGGAGCUUGAAGUGGGUGGCCGGUUUGUUCCAUUUCCUUCUUCCCCUCCAAGAUAUGUUGGCAUUAAUGGGAUGCGUCCUCUUGCUGACUCUUUAUUGACCCAGACAUCUCUGGUUAAUGUUGUGAGACCUUGCUGGAUAAGUAAACUUGAGCCAUUUAACGGGAUGUGGCACUUGAGUGAGAAUGGAAAACCGCGUGGGCAGUUUGAUAUAAUUAUUAUUGCUCAUAAUGGAAAAUGUGCAAAUCGCUUACUUGGUUCUUCAGGCUUACCUCUCAUUGCUAGACAAAUGAAGAGGCUGGAACUGAGUUCCAUAUGGGCUCUCCUUGCAGCAUUUGAGGACCCCCUUCCCAUAGGUGGGGAAUUCACAUUUGAAGGAGCCUUUGUUAAAGGAGUUGAUUCUCUCUCAUGGAUGGCAAAUAACUCAAUGAAACUUUUGGGUUCUCAAAGUAAUGGUCCUCAAUGUUGGACCUUUUUCAGCACUGCAGCUUAUGGAAAGCAAAACAAGGUUCCACAGGAAAACAUCCCAACUGCCACUGCAGAGAAGGUGAAAACAGGUAUGCUUCACGGUGUUGAAACUGCACUUGGACUACCAAAGUCUUCACUUCAGAAACCCCUUUACACUCGAGUCCAAUUAUGGGGUGCAGCCCUUCCCACUAACACUCCGAGUAUCCCAUGCAUCUUUGACCCUCAUGGAAGGGCUGGUAUCUGUGGCGAUUGGUUGCUGGGUUCAAGUUUAGAGUGUGCAGCCUUAAGUGGCAUGGCUCUUGCCAAUCAUGUGAGGAUAUGCUAUUCUUUUUCACUUAAUUGGUACUAUUUGUGCUCUCAAGAGCAAGUCACGUUCUCUGCUCCGGUCUCUGGUGACCCCCACGUUGGGAUUAUCGGUGGAGGCAUGGCGGGUCUCGCUUGUGCUUUGAGUUUGGACCAGAAAGGUGUCAAGUCCACUGUUUUUGAUACGGGGAUUCAUGGUUUGGGAGGAAGAAUGGGAACAAGAAUAAUUGAUCCUCAACCACUGAUAUUUGAUCAUGCUGCUCAGUUCUUUACUGUGAGUGAUUCUCGGUUUGGUCAGUUGGUUGAUGGUUGGUUGGAGAGAGGUCUGGUGCGGCGGUGGGAAGGUAUGAUUGGGGAGCUUGAAGUGGGUGGCCGGUUUGUUCCAUUUCCUUCUUCCCCUCCAAGAUAUGUUGGCAUUAAUGGGAUGCGUCCUCUUGCUGACUCUUUAUUGACCCAGACAUCUCUGGUUAAUGUUGUGAGACCUUGCUGGAUAAGUAAACUUGAGCCAUUUAACGGGAUGUGGCACUUGAGUGAGAAUGGAAAACCGCGUGGGCAGUUUGAUAUAAUUAUUAUUGCUCAUAAUGGAAAAUGUGCAAAUCGCUUACUUGGUUCUUCAGGCUUACCUCUCAUUGCUAGACAAAUGAAGAGGCUGGAACUGAGUUCCAUAUGGGCUCUCCUUGCAGCAUUUGAGGACCCCCUUCCCAUAGGUGGGGAAUUCACAUUUGAAGGAGCCUUUGUUAAAGGAGUUGAUUCUCUCUCAUGGAUGGCAAAUAACUCAAUGAAACUUUUGGGUUCUCAAAGUAAUGGUCCUCAAUGUUGGACCUUUUUCAGCACUGCAGCUUAUGGAAAGCAAAACAAGGUUCCACAGGAAAACAUCCCAACUGCCACUGCAGAGAAGGUGAAAACAGGUAUGCUUCACGGUGUUGAAACUGCACUUGGACUACCAAAGUCUUCACUUCAGAAACCCCUUUACACUCGAGUCCAAUUAUGGGGUGCAGCCCUUCCCACUAACACUCCGAGUAUCCCAUGCAUCUUUGACCCUCAUGGAAGGGCCGGUAUCUGUGGCGAUUGGUUGCUGGGUUCAAGUUUAGAGUGUGCAGCCUUAAGUGGCAUGGCUCUUGCCAAUCAUAUAGUAGAUUACUUACAAAGUGGUGGAGUUCAUCCUGAGGAGUUUGCUGUUGGUUUGCACAAUGAGUUUCGACCCCUUGAAGGACAUGAUAUCGGGCAAUUUCCAGGUUUGGAGUCCACGGAGAAGGAGGAGUUUCAAUCAUAUCAACUUACCCCUUGAAUCCGUAAUCAGGCUAUGAAGAUUUUAGGAUGAUUAGGUGGCAGAACUACUGCACGAAGGUAGUUAUUGGAAAAGUUGGUAAGCUAGAUAGUCGAGUUCAUUCUGCUACAUCGUCCAUUUAUGAAACCAGAUGACAAAUGUACGUUUAAAGGGGAUUUUUGGGGGAAUUAAUCUUUAUAGAAAGCUGUCGUUCUCAGUUGCAGGUGACACGAAACAUGAUAGUUCCCCUGUAAGGUUGAACACGAAGCCAAAUAGCAGAUUCCGGUAUACCAAGCUUAACAGAUAUCACCGCUUCUGCAGCAGCAUGGGAUGAGACAAUGUAAAUUUUGCAGCUUUGAUUAAUGGAACUUACUAGUUAGUGAACCACAUCACACUUAUCAUCUAAUCAGGUUUAGUAGGUGGAGCUUCAUCCACGAUGAGCUCAUACCAAACCGUGUGAACAUGUUGAAA